AUGGAGGCUGCCCUCGGUCGCUGGGUCUCCUGGCCGCUGGCCUCGCUGGGUGCUGCUGUGGGUCCUGGGACUCGGUCUCUCGAGCAAGCUCGUGUGCAAAGCUGGCUACCUGGGCAACUAACGAGCCUGGGGCUCAUGGGGCAAGAGCCUGGAGCGAUGGCUCCUGCCAGCUGGGCUGUGGCGCGCUGGGGCAAUGCGAGCCUGGGGCUGGGCACUAGCUCGGUGCUGCUGGUGCGGUCCGGCCUGGCCUGGGCCACCCGCGAGCGCCGCAGAUCUAACACCGCACAUCUCUCCUGCGCCUCGUGCCGCCAUGCAGAUGUCGACGACUUCUUCGACAGCUGCGACCCAGAUAAGGAGAACUUCUGCCUCUACGGCCACCCCGACGGGACCUGGGAGGUGUCGCUGCCGGCGGAGGUGGUGCCGCCCGAACUGCCCGAGCCAGCCCUCUGCAUCAAUUUCGCCCGCAACAGCAUGAACCGCCGCGACUGGCUCUCCCUCGUUGCCGUCCACUCUGACUUGUGGCUCCUCUCUGUCACCUUCUUCUUUGGAGCGCCGCUCAGCGCCAACGAACGAAUGUUCGACCUUUGGUGCUUGCAUAAACCCAUCCAAGACCUUACCACCUUCCAAGGUCUUGUUGAGUGCGUAGAGAGGACAGUGAGAUCAGAGAGGUCACGGGCACCGGACAGACCAGUCUAUCUUGUUGGCGAAUCCAUCGGAGUGUGCAUUGCUCUCGCUGUGGCGGCACGGAACCGAGACGUCGAUUUGGGACAUCUUUCCACAGGUCAUAGCUGCAUUCUCUCUCAGCAUUCCUGGAUUUGGUCCCUGAUCCAUUCCAUUUAAGCACCACACAGUUCCUAAAUUUCCUCACAGGCGAUGACGAAAACGACGGUGUCUUGCACCAAAGCACGUUCGGUGUGUUCGACAAAUCUUUCCAGGAGUGUGCAUGCCUACAUCGUCUUCAAAGAUGAGCAGUGUGCGCGGACAGCUUUAUCUCAUAAUAUGGCACUAGAGGCCGGGUACGAGCGGCGGACGCUUGGGGCGGCACCCGCGCCUCCGCGGACAGCGGCG